AUGCAGAGCGUGACUGUUCUCUUUGCCAUCUUUGUCCUGGUAAACCAGACCGCCGACAGCUUCCCCGAAUGCCAGGGCAAGAUCGUCUCGAAGGUGUUUGGCAGUGGCAACUGCGCCUCGCUAAGCGGCGAGCGCUCAACAGAAGCCGUAGCCAAAUGCAAGGACAGCUAUGACAUCGAUUCGGCUGGCUACCACUGGCAAUGCGAUGUUGACCUGACGGGUUCUGGAUCUAGAUGCACUCACUCACACUUGUGCCAGGUGGACACUGACCCUCUGAAAGCCUGGGACAAGCUUGCUCCUGUUAGCGUGGACGAGAAAGCCACGUUGACUCACAUCGAAAUCCCGGACACCUCCUUGUACUCGGUGGGUCAGCCCUCGGGCAUGGGCCGCCUCACUGAUACGAAGUUCGUGGCCUGUGGUGCCUUAGAUAGACAUGAGAAGUGGCAUUGCCAUGCAGUGGAGGAUGUGGUUGGCGGUCUCCUCGUCGGAGAUCGGAUUCAACUUACCCAGUAUGGUGUUGCAGAUCCUUUUAUGUCUGAGUUUGCCCAGAACAAGGCUGUCUUUUGCUACAGGUCUGGGAGCCAAACGAGAUGUCGGCUGAUCACCGCGGAGCAGCGCGUCCUGAAGGUCGGAGAGGACCUGGUUGCUCCGGCCUCUCUCUCGAGUCCGUUCGUUCCCACGUUGGUGAAGCUUGAGGAGGGCAAGCUGUUGCUUUGCAUGAACAAUCGGAUCGAGUGGGCCAAAAACCACGCCCUGAUGUGUGGGGUGUUGACCGAGAACAGUGGCUCGCUGGAGCUGGGCCCACUCACUGAGCUGGACUCUGGCAUGACCUAUGCCUAUACGAAUGCCAAGAUGAGCAUGGUCGCUCCCGGGAAGGUCUUGGAGUGCCACCGCAGAGGCAACGACAAGCAGACCAUGUGCAGCUUCCUCACGGUUACCGGCACCUCCAUCACCAAAGGAGAUGCUACUGCCAUCAAGCUCAAAACGGAUGAUACAGGCUACGUGACCGGCAUGACCUCAGGUGAGGCCAUGUGGUGCUCCCCGAGAAACUUGAAGUGUGUCCUGCUGGAUGUUUCUGGUUCAGCACCAAAGGAGCUGAGCGAGUUGGACGUGCCACGAACUGGAGCUCACAAUUGGCAUUGGGCCAGUCUUGCACGCUUGUGGAGUGAUCGGGUGCAGUACUGCUGGAGCAUCAGCCGAACCAUCGAGAUGGGAAACCCCUACUGCGUGACGAUCACCUGUAAGGACAAGAAGUGCACCCACGGGGAGAAGUCCCAUCCCAACGGCUCAGACAAGGAAGACUACCCCAGGUCCCACACAGUGGAAGCCAUCACUCUGUCGCCGGGGAAGGUGGCAGUCUGUGCGGAAGACAGAGACAACACCGGCUAUGCUGUCAACGGCGACUUUGACAGGGUCAACCCAACCUGCGGGGUCUACUCUCUCAAGCACUAG